AGGGUGCCUGCUCCAACAGACCCGAGUCUUGUUUGGGGCUCGCUGCAAUGCAGAGCUGGGGACAGAGGCAGGGCCGUAGACACAAAAAGGACCUUGAAGGAAAGGCAGAGGUGCAGGAGGAGUGUGAGGGUGCACUGCAGAAGGAUGUAGUGAGAGGCAGACACUGCAGCACAGCAGAGAGAUGAGGCCCACCGGCAGACCCCAAACCUCCUCGCAGCGGGCACAGGUGAGAACUUAAUUCACAGCUGAGGCUGAGAUGCCCUGCGACUGUCGAGAGAGAUAGGAGGGGGGAGACAAAAAGAGGAGAGGGAGGAGAAUCUAAGGAAGAGGAGGAGGGAUAUGGUGCUUUAUUUUGGGAGAAGGUAGCGCGUGAAUUAAGUGUGGUUGGAAUAAAGAUGUAGUGUGAGCAGGAGGCUGAACAAGGACGCUGCUGUGCUCCGCUGUAGUGGAGAGGAGCGGGGAGCAGACGCCUGGCAGACACACACACACCGACUCAGCAAGGCUUAUUCCACCGGAGGAGAGAGAACUUAACAUCACAGUUGUGGGGUUGGGAAGCCAUUCAUCUGACUUCCACUCACCUGGCGCUCCCCCUCAACAGUCCUGGUGGUUUCCAGCCCCCCUUCAUUCCUCUUCCACCCCCUUUGUCAUACAUCUCACAUCCAAAGUUGUCAUUCUAUCGGUUCCUCACCUGAGAACACAGCCAGUUCUCUCAGUGCAUCAUUAGCCCCCAGCAUGUAGUGCACCUGUGAUCUCAUACUUCUGGAUUCUGCGUGCUGCUGUUUCAUCUGCAACCACCUGCCUCACCUGCCAUGUUCAUCCCUGUACCAUCAGUCACAGGAGAAGCAGAUCUGAGAACGUCUCUCUCCAUCUUCUCUGUGAUUCAUAGUCAGUUUGGAUUACUGAAUUGAGCCGGUAACAGAUGGGAGGAGUUACAAACAACAGAUGGAAUAGAAUCAUCUCCCAUCAUUCGUAAUUGUAUUAAUUCAGCAGCCGUUUGAUACAGUAUUUAAGGAUUCAGGAUCUGAGAUAUGAGAUAUUGAUCUCUUCUCUGGACAUCUCAUCAUGAAGACAAUGCCCUCUCGCUUUGGCACUGCUGUGCGCAUCUUCAUCACCACCCUGUUUGCUGCGGUGGUGCUCUUUGCCAUCCUGCUUGCAUACGUGACAGGUUACCAGUUCAUCCACACCGAGCAGCACCACCUCUCUUUCGGUCUGUAUGGUGCGUUUCUAUCCCUCCACCUCCUCCUGCAGAGCCUCUUCGCCUUCCUGGAGCACCGGCAAAUGAGGGGCCCGUCGAGACCCCAGCACCUGCAUCGCACUGUGGCCCUCUGCAUCGCAGCUUAUCAAGAGGAUCCAGACUACUUGCGCAAGUGUCUGCGGAGCAUACGCCGCAUUUCCUUCCCUGGACUUAAAGUGGUGUUGGUGGUGGAUGGGAAUCGGCAUGAAGAUGCUUACAUGAUGGACAUCUUCCAGGAGGUGAUGGGGGGAGCCGAGCACACGGGGUGCGUGGUGUGGAAGGGGAAUUACCAUAGCGACGGUGAUGGAGGAGAAGGGAGGGGUUCGCUGCACUCAGAGGAGGCUGCACGGGUGGCCAGGGUGGUGCGGAGCUGCCAGUACUCCUGCGUUAUGCAGGAGUGGGGUGGCAAGAGGGAGGUGAUGUAUACGGCCUUCAAAGCAUUGGGAAAUACUGUGGAUUACAUUCAGGUGUGUGAUUCCGACACUGUACUUGAUCCAGCGUGCACCAUCGAGAUGCUCAAGGUUCUAGAGCAGGAUCCAGAAGUGGGUGGAGUGGGAGGAGAUGUUCAAAUCCUAAACAAGUAUGAUUCUUGGAUUUCCUUCCUGAGCAGCGUCCGUUACUGGAUGGCCUUUAAUGUGGAGCGGGCCUGCCAGUCUUACUUUGGAUGUGUUCAGUGCAUUAGCGGCCCACUUGGAAUGUACCGCAACUCUCUCCUCCAGCAGUUCUUGGAGCCCUGGUAUCACCAGACCUUCUUAGGAAGCAAGUGCAGCUUUGGUGAUGAUCGGCACCUCACCAACCGCGUCCUCAGCUUUGGCUACAAAACCAAGUACACGGCACGCUCCCAGUGCCAGACGGAGACCCCCACGCAAUACCUGCGCUGGCUCAACCAGCAAACCCGCUGGAGCAAGUCUUACUUUCGAGAGUGGCUUUACAACGCCCUUUGGUUCCACAAGCACAGUCUCUGGAUGACUUAUGAGUCUGUGGUGACCGGGUUCUUCCCAUUUUUCCUGGUGGCUACGGUGAUCCACCUGUUUUACCGAGGUCGCCUGUGGAACAUCCUUCUCUUCUUGUUGACGGUCCAGCUGGUGGGUAUGGUGAAGGCCACCUACGCGUGCUUCCUGCGAGGCAACCUGGUCAUGAUCUUCAUGUCGCUGUAUUCUCUGCUCUACAUGUCAAGUCUGCUGCCUGCUAAGAUCUUUGCUCUCUUGACUAUUAACAAAGCAGGCUGGGGUACAUCAGGCAGGAAGAAAAUAGUGGUGAAUUUGAUCGGAGCCGUGCCUGUGACCAUGUGGGCGGCCAUUUUGCUGGGUGGUGUGGUUUAUACCAUUUACUGCGAGGUGCAGGAGCCCUUCAGCGAGACAGAGAAGGCUCUUCUCAUCGCUGGCACUAUACUCUACGCCUGUUACUGGCUCAUCCUCCUGGUGCUCUACCUGGCCAUAGUGGCCAAACGCUGUAAUAAAAGAGAGGAACAGUAUCACCUAUCAUAUUCUGAAGCCUAGCGUGGCCAACUUUCAUGGUGCUGCAGAACAAGCUAUCCGGUUCAUUUGAAAUGAACCCGUCUUUACCUGGUGCUGCAUUAUGGAUCAUGUGAGUCCUGGGAGUUAGAUGGUUUGAAGCGGUACGGCUACUUGAAUAGUUUCAACCAGUGGCCAUAUUCUGCUUUUGAAAGAGCCGUAAUUUACAUUAGGUGAAAGCAGAAAUGCUGCAUCUCCUGAUUAUAAAGCACACAUUGGAGGGCUAGUCAAGAACGCAUAAGGUUUAGCCAAAAGUGAUCAAGUGAUGAGAGAAGUUAGUGUGGUGACAUGUAGCCAACAUGACCAUAUUCAGUUAAAGGGGUCGUGCUGGGACUCUGAAUUAUGCAGAAAGUGAACUGAAAGGGAUAGUUCCCCCGAAAAUAUAAAUUCUGUCAACAUUUGUUUACCCUUCAAAAGCUGUAUAUAACUCUUCCUUCUGUGGAACACAAAAGAAGAUAUUUUGAGAAAUGUCUCAGUUGUUUUGUUUCCAUACAAUAGAAGUCAAUGGGGUCCAAUGUGGUUUCUUCAAAAUAUCUUUUGUGUUAUGCAAUGAAACUAAGUCAUGUUUGGAAUGACACUAGGGUGAAUAAAUGAUAAAAGAUUUCUGGUUGAACCAUAAGGUUAGUAAAGUAUGUGCCAAUGCUUGAGGAAGACUAACUAGUAUUUGCAAAAAGCCAGUCCAUAUGUAACGUCUUUCACACGAAAAUCCAGCAUGAAUCUAAACAUCACUGUUUGAUAUUUUUGUGGUGCUGCUGAGUUGACAGGACAUUUAAACUGCAUUUAAUUUAUUUACAUAUUUAUGAUAUACCACAAAACUCUAGUACACUCUACAAAAUGUUUACAGAUGUAUCAAGACACCCAGUUCCCAUAAAUAGUAUAGUUUCCAUAAAGUUUUCCCAUAAAUUUGUUCUUGGGAUGUUUUCCACCCAAAAAAUAUAUGUAGGGGUUAGCUUUGCAUAUUAGCCAGAUGUUACAGAAUUUGACCACCUUGGCAUUACGACCCUUUCAUUCAAAUAUUUAAACAUAUAAAUAUGAUUCCUAGUUAUGGCAAUAAAUUGUUUGCUAGCUAGUAUAAAAAUAGGAAUCACGUGUACUGAACUUAUUUAUGGUAUGGUAGGUGGUUACAAACAUAAACGAUUUAGUUAACCUUGCAUCAUGUAUUUGGACAUGCAGUAAAGAAAAACUGGUGGAUUUUUCCACCCUCAGUUCUCUAAAUGCAACAGUUUGUGCAUUUAUGUAAUUUACACGUUUCCAUGAAUGCUAAAACUAACUUUUAUUACUCACUUGCCCUCAAAACGCAAACUUGAAAUGAAAAGUAAACACUGAGGCUGGGGUGUGUUUGUGCAUGAAUAUGUUUAGUGGGAAGUGUCUUUUUUUACAUGUGUAAUUCCCACAGAGUAUGGCUAAAGACAGACCUGUAGUUUCCUACGAGUCUGUUUCUUUACAGUGACACGAAAAAGCAUGUAUAAAAUAAGUUCAAUCAAACUUGAAAUCUCACUGUUCACAUUUGUGUUUUAUGCAAUUACUUUGCAGACUGGGUGCCAAAUUUUAGAACUAAUAUGCUCCUCAGGAACACACUUCAGAAACCUUUAAAAAUUAGAUUUGGAUGAAUUAGGUGUGAGCAAUUACAGCAAAGAUAACAACGGAUUUGCACUGUUGCAUUUCAGACACAGAAAGAACUGUACAAAACCAAUUCAAUGGACUGUUUAGGCAUACAUUUGUGGGUGGUGAAUCUUAUUUUUUCAACUGUGUAAAUAUCAGGUUUACAUCAGUCACUCAAAUAUAUCAUACAGGAACAUAUAUUUUUGUAAUGUAAAAUUGUAAGAUAUUUUAAACAAUCAGUAAUCCUGAUGCAUAUCAGUGUUAUCUACAUAUAGGGUAGCAUACUUUAUUUUCAGAAACACUGUAUUUUUAUGUAUCCAAGUUAUCAUGAUACUGUACAAUUAGGGAGUUAUAAAUUAUUUAUAUUCCAGUACGGUACAUCUCACAAAGGAAGUUAACAUUAUUGGCAGCUUACAUGCAGAAAAUAAAAAGUAAAGUAUAUUAAACGUUUAGCACCAUUUAUUCAGGGGUCACUGAAAACCACAGUGUAUGUUCUCCAAAAAUGGCCAUUAUG